AUGUAUUCAUUAGGCGUGGAAUGGUGAGUAUUUAAAAUAUCAACAUGAAUUCAAACUAAGGCCCGGUACGACUUCGUGCAAACCCAAGAUUAAAAGUACCGGACUACAGUGCAAUAUGUCGCAGACUAACCAGACACUGGCCAAGAAUUGCACGGAUUUGUUGGAUGCGGACUAUGAUGAGAUCGUUCUUCUAUCGGCGAUUGUGGGAGCAGUGUGUGGAUUAUCGUUUAUAGUGGCUGGGAUCAUAUAUUGUUGUCGAGAGAAACCAUAUGCCUCUGGCUUAAAAAAGGCAGAACUGCACUGUCUAUUGGAAGCCGUGUCAAUUGUUGCAUUUGUCUAUGACGUUUCUUCUGACAUUUUUCUAAGCGUGCAAUAUUACAUGAAGGGAAACUUCUCGUACUUUCUGCUGACAACGUUAUUCAUCGCCCUGCCUGUGUUUUUUGGCUACGCUGCGACCAUCGCUUUGGUCGCAAGUAAGUCUGUCGACCUCAAGAAGUGUCGCUGGUGUUUCUCCAUUUUCGCAGCAGUGAUAUUUGGUCCAAUAGUCGCUGUCUUUGUACAUCUGAUAGUGCUGAUCUACAGUUUGGGAUGCGGACCAGACGAACGUUUGUCCAUUCACUUCUCACCGGCAGUUCACGGUAUUUUGGAAAUAAGUUUUGAAUCGAUACCGCAACUCUUACUUCAAGUCUACAUCAACGUCAACACAAUAACCUGUGACGAAGACGACAUAAAAACACGUUCAGGUCUCGGGAAGAAUGAAAAUGGAAGGAAGGAGGCCAUUAAAGUGAAAAUAAAGAAAGACAGCCACGGGGUGGGACACAGUGCAGGUGAUGAGUUUACAUUUCACUGGUGGGACCACGUCUUCAAUAAGGCUGCCAACAGCAUUGCCGUGGAAACCACACAGGAGGGUGUGUCAGUGAAAAAAUCGAAAGAGAGCGAGAAAGUGUCCACUAAGAAAGCCUGGACGUAUGACAGCAAGGCCAUGCUUUACGGACAGUUUGUGAAGGGGGCAACACUGGACAACAACCAGGAGCUGACAACCCAUGAGGAGGACACCGCAGUCACUGAUUACACAGAGGAGGACAAACAGUUACUACAAAAAUUACCAGAUGAGAAAAUACUGGAGAUAUGUGGUGGAAUGACAGCACACAAGGGAGCCAGACAUGGGCUGAAAUUGAAUGGCAAACUGGAGCGAAUUCAGGAACAAGAGAGGCUUCUAUUGGAAAAGUGGAAGAAGAAAACAGGAAGCAGCAGUGUUAUAGACCAAUCAGUAUCCUCGUUACAUAAGGUUGAUACAGAAGAAACUGUGUGUAAAACUAGGGAGAAUUCAUCAAGUGAAAAGUCCAAAAAGAAGAAGAAGAGAAAACAUAAAGAUUGUAGAGCAGAGAGAGGAGAUUGUGAUGUGUCUUAUGAGAGGACUAGUGAUCCAAAUGAUGACCAGUGUGAUUCUGUUAAAGUGAAAGUAACAAAGAAGAGAAAAAGAGAUGCUGAGCAGUUGGAAAAUGAAAGUGUGAAAUCAGACAUUGAGGCUGACUUACAAAAUGAAACAGAAAGGACAAAAAAGAAAAAGAUAAAAAAGAAGAAAAAAUCAUAUUAAAGUUAUUCGAUUUAUUAAAUGAAAAUAUUU